ACAGGAAGGAAAUGCGGGGGUGGGGUAACACGGGGUGACAGUUACAGCAUGGCGGUCGUGGGGCACAGUGGCAUCAUCAGCAUUGUCUUCGGGGUGCUGUUGGCCACACUGCCCCACAUCGGAGCUUUCAGCAUCCACCCAGUCCCACAUCGGGUCCUGACCCCCGACCAGGGCCGGAGCUUCAGGCACCAGGUGUUGCUGCUGGAUGGGGCCCAAAUGCUGGUGGGGGCCCCGGCAGAGGUGGGAGAUGGGGGGCGGCUGUUCCAGUGCUCGGUGCAAAGUGGGGAGUGCCAGAAGGUGCAGCUGGAAGGGAACAGCACCGGGACCCACAUAGGAAUGGCCUUGGCCCAGGAUGGUGAUAUCACAAUUGCCUUUGGCCCCGGCUCAACCCACAUCUGCGAUCACAAUGUCUACAAGAACGGGGUCUGUGUCCUGCUGGACCCCCAACUGAGAACACGGCAGGAACUGAUGCCUGGAUACCAAGGCUGCCAGUAGGGCCCGGUGGACCUGGUGUUCCUGUUCAAUGACUUCAGCAGCAUGAGCACCUCCCAGUUCAAGGUCAUCCGGGACUUCAUGGUGGAUGUGAUGGAGAAGCUGCAGAACACCUUGAUCCAUUUCGGGGCGGUGCAGUUCUCGAACAGGGUCCAGACCGUGUUUACGCUGAAGGAAUUCGCAGCCCGGCCACAGCCCCAGGAGCUGCUGCAGGUGCUGGAACAGCGCUGGGGCCUCACCAACACCUUCGCUGCCAUCGGCUUCGUCACGAAGGAGCUGUUCUCGGAGGAGGCGGGGGCGCCUGGGGUACGGCGGAUCCUGGUGAUGAUCACUGAUGGUGAUGCCACCGACCACGACCCAAAGGCCCUGGACGCGGCCGAGGAGCGUGGGAUCCACCGCUACAUCAUCACGACUGUGGUUGGGGUGUUACCCCCUACUUCUGGGGUGCCCCCCAACCUUAUGCACCUUGUGCCCCAGUCCUGCCUCGAGGACUUUGUCACCCCUAUCCAUGCCAGUGUCACCAUCACCCUGCCCGACAGGGACCCCCCAGGGCCCAUUCUACCUCCCAGCACUGGCCACAUCUGGGUCGAGGAAACACCACAGAGGCGCUGGGAUAUCCCCUUCGAGCAGAAUUGUGGGGACAAUGAGGUGUGCGAAGCCGACUUGGGGGUCAGGGUGAUGCUGGGGGACGCAGCUGUUUUCGGGGUUCCCAGUGCCGAACUGAGGGUUCAGCUGAUUGUGGACAACAGGAGGGAAGAUGCUUAUAAGGCAGCCCUACAAGUGCAGCACCCCCCAGGGGUCUCCUAUCGGUGGGCCCGGGCCAGCCAGGCCUCUGCCCCGGUGCCCAUCACCUGCUGGGACGCUCAGGGCGCCGAGGGGCAGCUCUGGGGCCUCUCCUGCAACCUCAGCUACCCCAUCCUCCGUGCCGGCUGGCAUGUAAUGGUGGAGGUGACCUUUGACCUCCAGCAAAAUGCCACGUGGGGGAAAUCCAUGGGGCUGAUGGUGACUGUGAGCAGUGAGAACGAGCCCAACAUCACCCUCGGGGACAACACAAAAUCCUGGGGUGUCCCUGUCCACUUCGUCCUCGACCUCAUGGCCUCCUGGCAAGAAGACUCCACCCCCCACCUCAACUACCCCCCCCAGCCCCACAACAAGACACUGUGGCACCACUAUCGGGUGGAGCUUCUCCGUGCCCCCACCCUGGGCAGCCCCAAAACGCAGGCGAUGACCUUCGUCCUCCUGCCCCAGGUGCUGCCUCAUGGUGUGGUUGUGGCUGCCCCCCAAGUGCAAGUGGAUCUGGGGGGCCCUUGUGUGGCUGUGGAGCCACAGUUGGUGGACGCUGUGGGGCAGGAGCUGAACAGGAACAUCGCUGAGACUUGCUCCACCCCCCACCUGAGGCUGUUCCGCUGCCCCCCGACCCAGAUGACCCCGGGGGUCCCUGUGGGGGUCACCGUCAGCACUGCCCUUUGGCCCCUCCCCCACAGCCAGGGACCUGCCCACUCCCACUUUUGCUCCGCCCUCUGGCUCACUCUGGUCCCGCCCUUUCUGGCCACGCCCCAAUUCCUCCGAGCUCAGGGGGUCACGGAGGUCAAACUGCUGUGGGAAGUCAACCCUCUCCCCGGCUACGUAGUGGGAGGGGUGGGGGGGCUGCUCCUCCUCCUCCUCAUCGUCCUUGGCCUCGCCAAGUGCGGCUUCUUCCAGAGGAAUUACCGGGAGCGAAUGGAGCAGGAGGGGCCAGAGGAGGGGGAGGGAGAGGGAGAGGAGAGUCCCCUGAGUGGGGAACCCCCAGAGAGGGGGACUCACCCUCCUGACCUGCACUGCCCCUCCCUCACGGGGUAAAAUGGUUCUGGGCCCCUCCCCCCCCAAAGGGGUUUCCAGUCCCCC